UAUGAAAUUAGAUUGGUGUGUAAACAAGCAUGCAUAUUAUGUAUACUCCUGUUCAGAUUCAAAGCCCAGUACGUUUGAGCAGCUGUGUAAGGGGAGUUACCGUUGGUUUGAAACCGGUGUGAAGUUCUUUGAGGAGGUUUCUGAUUCCACCAACGUGGCCCUUGUCAAUUGUAACAUGGGUCGUCUGAUGAGGCUCUGGGCCCAGAGCUAUGCUUCCAGGGGUAGCAUGGGACCAGAUGCAGAGUUCAGUACCAAGGAGAAAAAUUAUUUUCUAAAGGCGGCUGAGUGUUACAAGAGGGGUCUCAAAAUCCUGGGCAACAAGAGCGGCCAGGUUGCAUUGUGGGAUUCCAUCACGUGGGACCUGUGCUCGACAUAUUUCAACAUGGCGUGUCAGAUGCAGGAUCGACCUCCGGUAUCCCCCAAUCUUGCAGAGAUCGAGAAGGAUGUGUUGAAAUUCAUGAGCAAUGCAUGGGCUCUUUGUGACACAAAGGAGACAUCCAGCAGACAGCAUCUCUAUCAGGAUAGGGUAGUUACUAUCCAUCUUCGACUGGCAUUAAUGAAUCACAACUCGAUGAGAAAUCAGAACACUAAAACUUUUGCUAAGCUCCACUACAACAAGGCUAUUAAACUCUUCGAGAAAAUGGAUAGCCCUGGGGAACUACUUAGAAAAGAGCUGGAGAGAGUGGCAUUGCUACUAGAACAUCAGGUUGAAAAUCAAGGUAGGGAACGAGAGGCUCUUCAAGACGAGGCUUUACCACAUGUGCCAGAAAGGAGGAAUGUGCGUGGUGGAGGACACAUGACGAAGCUGGCUUGCAGUUUCCAAGCUCCAGAGCCAGAACCUGAUGGAGCAGCCACCCAUGAGACAUGCACUCAUGGCAGUGUUUGAGAUGGAGAGGUUCCAAUCUGAAUGACAGAGCAAGGCAUCCAACGAUGCGCUGGUCAGACUCAUCUUUGAGUACGCCAGUAGUUCAUGGGACGGGACAUCCUUCUCAUCGAAUCGAUACAACGGAAGACCGCCUGAUUCUGAAUGAAUGAUUAAUAAUAAUAAUAAUAGUGGCUACUUGUAUAGCACACAGGUCCACCUUUCGGUGCUCAUGGCACUUAUAGAGAAAAGUACAUGUAACAGACAUAAGAAAGAAAAAACAAUAAACCGAAAAACAAAUUCGAAAUUCUCCUAUACAUAGUAAAUUAGAAUAUUGCAAUAAUUACAACGAAAGAAACAAAUAAGUUUUUAGUUGUAGUUUGAAUGUUUCUGUCGACGACAACUAGUUGACGUAAUUUUAGAGGGAGCUUAUUCCAGAGUUUUGGACCCAUGGCUGAGAAAGCCCGUUCCCCCCCAAGCAUGUUUUAUUCUGGGUGUAUUAAGUAAUAGUGUGUCUGAUGAGGAGCGAAGACUUCGUGUGGGGUUGUAUUUUGAAACAGAGUUGCUCAGGUAUGUAGGGGAAGAAAGAGAGUAAACUGAAUGAUUUACUAGUGACAUAAUUUUAAAAAUAAUCCUUUCGUCAACUGGCAACCAAUGGAGAGAACGGAGAAUUGGUGAUAUGGAAUCAGAUUUUUUAGUGAAUGUUAAUAGGCGGGCUGCAGAAUUUUGAAGUCGUUGAAGUUUUGUGACAUCUUUUUUUGGAAGGUUACAGAACAAUGAAUUUGCAAAAUCUAAACGAGAAGAAAUUAAAGCAUGAAUCAAGAUCUCAGCCGCAGGUUUAGAUAAACACUUUCUUAUGAAACUUAGAUUACGUAAUUGGUACCUUACUCUGUUGAACAUGUGUUAUAUGACUACGAAAGGACAUUUCCUGAUCAAAUAUUACACCCAAAUUACGAGCUGUUUUUGAUGGAGUGAUACAUGUUUUUCCAAUAUGAAGAUGACACGAUUGAUUGUCAACCUUCCCUAACAUGUGCUUGGCACCUAAUAAUAAAAACUCAGAUUCAUCAUCAUUCAGCUUAAGGCCAUAUUAGAUAUUAGCCAGGAUUUGAGUUCUUCAAGACAUGUUUCAAGUUUUGAAACAGCUGAUGACAGUGAAGACAUUGUAGGUUUAAAAGAAAGAUAAAUUUUGAUGUUAUCUGCGUAGCAAUGGUAACUAAUAUAAUGUUUGUGAAAUAUCUUAUUGAUUGGUUGCAUAUAAAGAGAAAAGAGCAGUGGUCCUCCUACCGAACCUUGGGGUACACAUACUUCAUAGUAGUUUUAGCAGAGGUAGAAUUGCCAAUUUUUACAUACUGAGAUCGUUCAGAGAGAUAUGAUAUUAACCAAUUAAGGACGGUACCCUUGAUACCUAAUGAUUUCAGCCUUCGAGUCAGGAUAGAGUAAUCUACUGUAUCAAAAGCUGAGCUCAUAUCUAACAAAAUAAGAACAGUAAUAUUACCGCAAUCCAGUUCUCUAAAAAUAGUAUCAGUUAUGUUGACAAGUAGUGUUUCCACACUAUGGCCAGGCCUGUAGGCAGAUUGACAAGGGUCAAACAAUUCAUUGUCUCGCAAAUAUGCAGUCAGUUGUGAGAAAACAACCCGUUCCAGCAGUUUACUCAAAAAAGAUAAGUUUGAGAUUGGGCGGUAAUUUUUGAGACACUCCUGAUCUAAGCCCGAUUUUUUCAAGGUUGGAUAGAUGACAGCUGUCUUACAAACCUGUGGGACAAUACUUGAACUAAGGCUAGCAUUAAUAAUGCUUGUGAUGACAGGUGCCAAGACUGUGCUACACUUCUUAACCAAAUCUGUUGGGAUUGGAUCAAGCUCACAUGAUUUAUUUGGUGAGUUCUUGAUAAAUGUUUCUGUCUCACUGAUAGUGACCGACCAAAACUCACUCAACUCUGAUUCGACUUCACAAACAGUGUCAUCCAGCUGUACAACAUGAGUUUGGAAGCACUAUCGGAUUGUUAGAAUUUUGUCUACAAAAAAUUGAUUAAAACGAUUGGCAAGCUUCAACCGAUCACCAUGAGUGAGAUGUUCUGGUAAAGGAGAUGGUUGUUUUCUGUGUAGUAAAUUAUUAGCAACUUUAUACAAUUUCUUUGUGUCUUUCCCACAAUCCUCAACUUUUUUUGAGUGAUAGUUUGACUGAGCAAUCUUAAUCAAGGCUUUUACAUGUUGUUUUGGGGUACGAUACAUCUGCCUGUGAAUCUCCAGUUUGGUGGACCUUGAUCUUCUUUCUAAUUGUCUACGAAGCAGUUUUGCUUGAGCUAUAUCUUGGUUAUACCAUUCAGUAUUUGAGUGAAUUGUAACACGGAGUUGCUUCUCAGGUGCCAAUGUAUCAAGUGCAGAUGUGAGUAAGGUAUUUACAAAUUAACUUCUUCAUCUACACUAUUUGCAUGAGAACCGGUUGAUAUAAGAGACUUUACAUGAGUGUCAUCUAAAAACUGUUUUGGGUCUACAGAUUUCAAGUUCUGUGUUGUAACAAGCUUUUUCUUAGUAGAUUCAAAUGUGAAACACCUCUCCUUCCAUAGCACAACCACGACCAUACUAAUCAAAACGAAGUACAGUUAACCCUGAGUAUACCGACGCACCAGAAACAGAAACAGAUGCAAGGUUUACCAUAUGGGGGAUGGGUGGAAAAUGGAGAGCAUGUUCGACAUAAUUAGGCUUGUUGGUCAUACAACUGAAGGAUAAUCCUGGUGAUAACACUUGAGUGGGUAUACACCCGCAUGGUGUUGAAUUUCUCAUUAAUAGAGCCCGCUACUUUGAAUAUUCUAAGAUUUAGGGUUAGGGCUAAUGUGGGGUUUUACCGGUAGGUUACGUUUAAGUAUAGCAGGGUUCCCACAGUGGUGGACAUAAUUUGGAAAGUCAUGGAAAACGGCGAGAAAAUCUCCCAAGGUAAUAUUGAAAGUCAUGGAAAUUGAUCAUAGUAAUGGGAUGUGUGUGGCAGCCAUGGCAGCCUUCCAGGUUAAACUAACAAGGUUCGUACUUACCUGGUCAUAGGAAAAAGGCUGUUGGUAUUGGAAUUGCAUGGUUCUCAAAUUUCUUGUUAGAACACGAUAUGUUACUGUAGGGCCAUUAUCUGAACUAUUUUUAGGCCAGAUACACAGCAUUAUUUGAAUAAUUCUCUAUUGUUUAAAUGCAUUCGACCAUCAAAUCUUUUACGAUGUAAAAACAAAUUGUGGUCCUUUCAAUCAUGGCUUUGAAUUAAGUGAUCAUUCAAUUUAUUCUAUUACCUCCCGAAGGUUGCCAAUGAUGUGCAAUUCCAAUGGAGUAUUUUCAGCAGUAUAAGUGUAUACCCCAGUUAUUAGAGAACCAUCAUGAGAUAUGUUUCAAUAGCAAAUGUAUUUGGUGUUUUUAAAUAUUCGUCAUGGUCUAAAAAGUGUUUUCAUGAAGUGCCUUAAUAUAUAAUGUGUCUUUCUUCGAGUAAUAAUCAAUUAAAGAGAAGGUUGAGUUCUGGGAAGAGGUGAAAAAUAAUUUGUGAGCGUUAUCAU